AGAUUAUGAGACACUGAUACCUCACAUCUUCUACUUCCUGGUUCUUCUGUCGUAUGAACGUUACCAUAGCAAAAACAUUAUUACAAUGCCAAAGAUAAUCCAACUGUGUGAUGGCAUCAUGGCAAGUGGACAGAAAGCCACAACACACGCUGUGCCUGCUCUUCAACCGCUUGUGCAUGACCUGUUCGUACUGAGGAGCUCCAGUAGGUCAGAGAGUACUAAAGACUUGGAGACACAGAGAGAGGUGGUCGUGUAUAUGCUGACCAGACUAAUCCAAUUCCACCAGGUUUUAGAUAUGAUGUUGGCAGUGCUUCAGCAGGCUCAUAAGGAAAGCGAGGAGAAAUGGAAGCGACUGUCAAGGCAAUCCAUUGACCUCAUACUACCACUGCUUGCCAAACAACAGAUGAAUCUAGACUCCCAGAAGGCAUUGGAUUCCUUACAUCAACUGCUGGCAACGGUGGCUCCUACAGCUCUUAGGCCUGUUGACAUUCUACUCAAAACACUCUUAGUCACCCCUCAAAAUAUUGAUUCGUUGACCAGUAUACAGCGCUGGCUGGCCAUGGUCUUGGCUAUCUUGAACAUACUCAUUUCACAAUCCAAGGAAGAG